AACCCACAAUUUUCUUCUCCAUUUUUCACUCGACACAAAGUACAAACCCCUUUCUUUUUCUUAACAAGUCAACCUUUUCUUUUUUCUUCUUCUCCAUCAAUAAUGGCUCUUCAUGAAUCAGUAUCUCCAAAUUCCACACCCCAAAAGUCCAGAAAUGGACACAAAACCCAUAACAAAGACAAGAAAAAUCCUUACUCUGACCGUGGCCUCGACAAAUUCUCUGCUCUUUUAACGGAUCUUGAUGAAAAAAGGAAGAAAAUUUACUCUCAAACUGACCCUGAAGAAAUAGUUAUGGUUCGUUUUGCUUACAAGAAUUCAGAUGAAUGUGUUCCUGUUGUUGUGAAACAGAAGGACAAGAAAGAAGAGAAGAACACGAGUGAUUCAGAAGCCACGGCGAUUAAGAAGCCAAAACAUAGCAAAGAAUCAACGACAAACAAGAACAACAACCUCGUACGAGCGAGAAAUUUGAGGAGAUUGAACAAACCAUCUUAUUAUAUUGCUGCAGUGGUGAUUUUGGUUCUGUUUUUGUUGAGUAUUUUUGGGAGAUCGGUAACCAUUUUAUGCACUUGUAUUGCUUGGUAUUUGGUGCCUGUUUUGAAACAGAGUUUAUCAAAAUCAAGACGAAAGGGAAAGGUAAGGAUUUCCGUUUCAAAUAAGAUGGAGAAACAACCAGAAGCAUCCGCUGUUCUUUCUUCUUCUUCAUCUCCAACUCAAGCUCAUCGUAAAACUGGGUGAAGAUUUGUAAAAACCAAAAAUCUGGGUUAAGUUUUUUGUUCAUGUUAAUUUUGUAUCUUUGAUGGGUUUGGGUCCAAAUUUCGAUCCAUUUCAAUCAAUGGUCAUUAAUGUAAAUUAAUUAGAAUUGUUAAGAAUGAGCAUGGGCUUACUAAUUAAGCUUCUCUCUAUUGCGUUGAUUAAUUAUUAAUGACAAUGAGUAGUUAAGAGUUUUGAGUA